CAAAGAGUUUAAACGGGUAUUUUUCUUGUAUGUCAGGAUCAAGUACACCUUUAAAUAUCUUGUGGAUGUAGGACAGGGCCAGGAUCUGAGCUUCAGAGCCUUAGUUUUGCCUUCUCGUUUGCGCAUCCUCCGAACACGUAUUAGGAGGAAAUUCUCACAAAUCGGGGCUUUUGAUGGAUCCAGCGGAGUUACUUAAUUAAAGACCGAGCGGGUGGAUAUCAGAAGUGUUCCCUGCUUCAGUUUUGGUUAAAAGUCGUAUCUAGCCACGUGGCAACCAUGAGUGAAUGGAUGAAGAAAGGCCCCUUAGAAUGGCAAGAUUACAUUUACAAAGAGGUCAGAGUGACAGCCAGUGAGAAGAAUGAAUACAAAGGAUGGGUUUUAACUACAGACCCCGUCUCUGCCAAUAUCGUCCUUGUGAACUUCCUUGAAGAUGAUAGUGUGUCUAUCACUGGAAUUAUGGGACAUGCUGUGCAGACUGUUGAAGCUGUGAGUGAAGGGGACCAUACAGUGAGGGAGAAGCUGAUGGAUUUGUUCAUGUCUGGAGACUGCAAAGCAUAUAGCCAUGAGGAUCUGGAAAAGAAAAAGAGUAGUCUAAAGAAAUGGCUUGAGAAGAACCACAUCCCCAUCACUGAAGAGGGAGAUUCAAAGAGGACUCUCUGUGUGGCAGGGGUUCUGACUAUAGACCCUCCAUAUGGUCCGGAAAAUUGUAGCAGCUCUAAUGAGAUUAUUCUGUCCCGUGUUCAGGAUCUUAUUCAAGGACAUCUUGCAGCUUCUCAAUGAGAGGCCAAGAUUUGUGGACACACUGUAGACUGUUUUUUUUCUUUUAUAAAAGAUUUUGAAUGUAA